AUGUGUGUAAUAGUUUAUUUUAAUUAAAUAGACUACUUUAAAUUAUUAUAAAUCCUUUAUAAAUAUUUUAGAUUUGAUUUCUUCAUUUUAGUUUGCUACAUCAUAUCAAUAUAAAAUAUUCGAUUAAUAUAUUUCGAGUAUGCACUUGAACUUAGACUUUUAAGAGUACUUAAAACAUACAAAGAACUCUUUUAAAAACUUGACCAAGAAGCUAAACAUACUAUUUUUUAUAGGAUAUCUUAGCUAAUUUUAAUUAUUCUAUGCUUUAUUAAUCUCCAAGGAUCAAUAUUUGUACUGUUGGGAAUCUCUGAAGGUAUCGAUCCAAUAAAGUAUUAACCAGAUCUGAAUAUCAACUUUUAAAGAUAUGUUGCUGGCCUAUACUGGUCUACUAUAACUAUGACUACGAUCGGAUAUGGUGAUAUAAUUCCUAAUUCAACAACUGAAAGGAUAUAUGUAUCUUUUGUUAGUUUAAUUUCAUGUGGAAUCUUUGGCUAUUCUAUAAGCUAAAUAGGAGGAAUUGUUAUGGAAAUGUAAAACAAGUCAGAUCUUUUCAAUAAAAAAAUGAAAGCAUUAAAUAAAUUGAUGGUAUAAAGGUAGAUGAGCAAAAAUAUUAUGCAAUAAGUUAUAAGAUACUAUGAAUACUUACAUAAAUCAGAAGAGAAUAAUUUUGAAGACUAAGGUCUUUAAAUGAUUGAAAAACUUCCGAAAUCAAUGAGAGAAAAUAUUACUUAGGAAAUGUAUAGCAAGUUAAUUAAUUCCCACAAGGUUUUCUCUCUAAACUUUUCUAAGUAAUUUUUAGAUAAAUUAUCAAUAAAAAUAAAAUCCAUGAAACUGGGACCUGAAACCAAUCUCUAUAGAUAAGACGAAUUAGACUAAAAAAUUUAUUUUAUUAGUAAAGGAUCAAUGAUGCUUUAUUUUCAACAAAAUUAAGUCGAAAGAGAAUGCAAGAUCUUAACAAAAGGAGAUAUGAUUGGUGAAAUAGAGUUUUUUGGACAAACAUCAAGAAAAUUUGGAGUUAAAUCCUAAACUGAAGUUUAGUUACUUUUCAUAGAAUUCGAAGAUUUUUAUCAAACUCUUUAGCUCUUUGAAAAAGAUUUUGAAAGCUACAGUCAAAUUAAAGAUAAAUUUAAUUUAGAAGGUAAUUUAAAAUCUUUAAGUAGGGAGUGCGAAAGUUGUGGAAAAUUUAAUCACUUAUUUUUCGAUUGCUUUUCUUUAAAAUAUUUUCCAAAUCUAAUCCAUAUCAAGCAUAAUUUAAAUGUAUCUUAAGAAAGGCUUAAAGAAUUCUCUCGGAAAAACAAAAAAACUGUCAAUGCCUUGCAUAAUAUCAAUAAAUCAGGAAUUCAAUAUAUUGAUUAAAUUACUCAUACUGAAAACUAAAUAGAUGAAAAACUACUUAAUAGCUAUGAUUCGCUUACACAAGGUAAUACUUAAAAUAAUGAAAAUGACUAGAUACACUCUCCUUCAAUUAAAAAUCAUGCGAUUAAUGAUUCUUGUGAGAAUUUAAGAGAAAAAUAAAAAUCAAUAUCUAAAUCAAAUUCUUCAGUUUACAGAUCAAAAUAAAAUUUAAUGAUAUCUAUUCAAAAAGGUAUUAUAGAUUAGUAUAUAACAUAAAAACUUGAAUCAAGAACUAUUGAAAGUAACAGAAUGAUAAAUAAUGAUCUGGAGAGAGGUAAAACAAAUAUAGAAAGCAACACCUCUCCUGAAUAAAUAAUCAAAAGUUUGUACCCGUCUGCAUAACGAAUAAAAUUUUAAACAUAAACUCUUAAUGAAAUAGCAAGUCCAACACAGUUUGGUCUAGACAAAGACCAGAAACAAGAUUAAAGAUCGAGUUCAUAUGUGAAUGCUUCUAAUUAUUUUUGGGAUAUUGAAUUUGAAAAAUCAAAAAUAUAUUCAAUAUAUUUUCCUCAUAACAACUAAGAAUAAGUACUACAAGAAUACAAAAAAUAUUAACUUAAGAUUUAAAGUAAAAACAAGAAAAAAAAAUAUAAAACAAAGACUCCUUCUAGAAAGAAAACUCCUAAAGCAAGGGCUUCCAAAUUAAAUAAUAAACAAACAAGUUUUGAGAAAUUACUAGUAUGA